CUGGCCUCAGAGUGUGGGAAAGCUAAUCCUGACUGGGACUCAUGGCUUUGUAAUGCUAAUGAGCUCCUAUAAAUAGAGGAGCACGACCCUCAUUCCCAACACAACCAACUUGCUCUCCUCAGAGAAGCAUCUCUCCAUCUGAAAGAAUGGCUCCAACUUACACGAGUGACUACUCCAAACUUUCCAACAAGGAGAAACACAAAUUAAGAAAACCUGCAGUGGAAAAGAUGCGCAGAGAUCGCAUCAACAGCUGCAUCGAGCAGCUCAAAUCCAUGCUGGAGAAGGAGUUCCAGCAGCAGGACCCCAACACCAAACUGGAGAAAGCCGAUAUCCUGGAGAUGACGGUGGUCUUCCUGAAACAGCAGCUGCAGAACAAGACUUCAGCUCCACAGAAAGCCCACUUUGACGGCUAUUCCCAGUGUUGGAGGGAAACCAUGAGCUUCCUAUCGGUCAACUCCAAGCCGGACGCUGUACGUCAACAUCUGAACCACUGCCAAGAAGCCCAGAGAUCAGCUAAAGACCUCAUCCACUCGUCUCCAGCUUCCCAUCAGCCCACCAAGGUGAAGCAGGAACCAUGUGCCCACAGACCGCUCUGGAGACCCUGGUAGAGACUCAAGAUCAAAGACUUUCACAUGAAAACUAGAUGGUGGUUUUACCAUCUCUUAUGUUGUAGGAGAUAAACAUUUCCAUAUUUCUAUGUUCUUUGCAAACAUGUCAUAUCGCUUCAUAUUGAAGUUUCGAUUGUUUUAUUCUUAAUAAGAUUUUCUGUGCAAAUUAUUGCUAUAUUAGCAUGACAUUUACCUUGAGUAUGUCUAAAGGCUUUCUUUCCCCAGUUCUAAUGUUGUUUGGCUUGCAAACAGUGAUCUUGCUCAGAAUCUGAGCUCUUUGUACGGUCCUGAUGGACGUUCAUUUGAUACAGCCUUUUGUGAAGGCUACAGAAAAACAAUAUUUGUUCUUGUGAUGGCACUCGGGUGCAUUGAAACAUUGUAGACACUGUGUGUCUAACAUUGCAUUUAAUAAAAGCAGUUAAUUACUAAAAA